ACUCUCCGCGGGUUGCAAUCGAGGUCAGUGGCCCACAAACUUUGAAGGGCGACGCACUUGUGUUGGCGUGCGUUCGCCCAGCAGCGAUCGGCCGCGUGCCGAGUCGGAUCCGAUUAAAUUUCUGUCGACAUUACGAACGUGCCCCUCGGGGCCGUUUUGUAUCGACUGAACGGUCUCGCGGAGCCGUCUCGGGGCGUCAUACCGAGCCGGACACCUAACCACCACCCAGGUGUCCGGGCGACCUCGUCAAUUGGGUCGCGCCGCGGGCCACCACUCACAUCAGAAGCCGCCCUUCAGCGAGAGGACGUCACCAUUGUCGCUGGAACAAGACGGACUGCAUCGAGGAACACCGAAGUCGAUGAAACCUCUCUCCGAAAUUCGGUGCUACAGCAAGGUCAAAUCCAAUCAAGAUGAGUCCGGCGCACGUCAAGUCCCUUUCCUCACUGUGGACCACUGGACGUCACUUCAAACUUUUCUAUUCCGUUUCGGCAGCUAGAUUUUCUCAGUGUUACUCGACUGGCAACAAAAAUGGCAAAGUCUACCCUUCAGCCUUGGAGGCUGUCAAGGACAUCCCGAACGGAGCAACUUUGCUAGUUGGAGGUUUUGGACUUUGUGGCAUCCCUGAGAACCUGAUCAGCGGGUUGCUGACGACAGGGGUGAAUGGCCUGACGGUGGCCAGCAACAACGCUGGCGUGGACACCUUUGGCCUGGGGCUGUUGCUCAAGAAAAGGCAAAUCAGCAAAAUGAUUGCCUCGUACGUGGGCGAAAACGCAGAGUUCGAGCGACAGUACCUGAGUGGUGAGUUGGAGGUGGAGCUGACGCCGCAAGGCACGUUGGCUGAGAAGAUCAGGGCUGGCGGCGCAGGCAUCCCUGCCUUCUUCACCCCCACAGGUUUCGGCACCCUUGUGUCCGAAGGUGGCGCCCCUCUAAAGUACGCACCUGGCGGCGCCAAGGUCGAGAUCGCCAGCUCGGGGAAGGAAGUCCGAGACUACAACGGACGCAGCUACAUCCUUGAGGAGGCCAUCACUGGGGACUUUGCCUUGGUCAAGGCUUGGAAGGCGGACAAAGCUGGAAAUCUCAUUUUCAGAAAUACUGCUCAAAAUUUCAACCCGUCAAUGUGCAAGGCUGGAAGAAUCACAAUUGCUGAGGCAGAGGAAAUUGUUGAAAUUGGAGAACUUGACCCCAAUCAAAUUCAUGUACCUGGCGUUUAUGUACAGCGCGUUGUAAAGGGCGAGAGUUACGAAAAGCGUAUUGAGAGACUCACCCUGAAAAAGGCAGCUGGAGCCAAAAGCUCCGCCAAAGUUAAUCCAGCCACAGCGCACAGAGAAAGAAUUGUGAGAAGAGCAGCUUUGGAGUUUAAGGACGGCAUGUAUGCCAAUCUGGGAAUUGGCAUGCCCAUGCUGGCCAGCAACUACAUCCCGGCAGGUGUCAAUGUAACUUUGCAAAGUGAAAACGGAAUUCUGGGACUUGGACCUUUCCCUGAACCAGGUCAACAGGACCCUGACCUCAUCAACGCUGGAAAAGAAACAGUUACCACCCUGCCAGGCGCUGCCUUUUUCUCAAGUGAUGAAAGUUUUGCAAUGAUUCGAGGAGGACAUGUCAAUUUGACCAUCUUGGGAGCCAUGCAAGUCUCUCAGAGGGGAGAUCUUGCCAACUGGAUGAUUCCUGGCAAAAUGGUGAAGGGAAUGGGAGGUGCCAUGGACCUGGUGUCCGCACCUGGCACAAAAGUGGUUGUUACCAUGGAGCACACAGCCAAGGGUGGUGCUCACAAAAUCUUGGAGACAUGCAAUCUUCCUCUCACAGGACAGCAAUGCGUUGACACAAUUAUCACAGACCUGUGCGUCUUCCAAGUUGACAAGGAGGCUGGUGAACUGGAGCUGACCGAAAUUGCUGAGGGGGUCAAAGUUGAGGAAAUUGUUGCGGCGACCGGAUGCACCUUCAGAAUUGCCAGUGAAGUCAAGCCCAUGGCGCAGGUGGAGGUUGAUGAGUAAAUCAACACUUUGUUAACAAGGCAGAUAUUGAUAUUUUUAUAUUUGUUAUUUUUUUAUAUAAUUAUUGUGAACAAUGAGUAAUUAUCUGCCUCAAAAUAAAACUGUUAUGCUUAAAUAAAACAAUGACGAAUACAAAUAUUAAAAGUUUUUUUUAUU